AUGUUACCGCCGACACUCAUUCAACUACUGCUGCUACAAUCAUGCGCUGCUGCAUUAGCAACCACUCCGUCAAUACGCUCUUCCGCUCGUCCAGACUCAUGUUCUGACCAGCUUGGCUGUCUAAAUCAAGACGACUCAAAAUUACCACGGCAAUUUGACCAUCUCUGGAUAUGGGACGAGAUAUCCAAGGCCAAGAGAGCUGAUGACGAUAAAGGGAAAGGAGAAGGACGAAAAGAAGGUGGGCGCGGAAAAGAAGGAAGCCAGGGAGAAGAUCAAGAAGGAGGACGUGGACCUCCACCUGGUCCAGAGAACAAACCGCCGCCUGGACGUCCUGAUAAGAACGAUCGCCCUAACAAUGACGGCGAUAAUAAUGGGGGGAAUAAGGAUAAGGAUGGUAAAGGAAGCUCAGGAGGCCCGAAAACAGGCAGUGGUAAUGGCGGGGGAGAUGAAAAAGGAGAUAAAGAUAAUCCAAAAAAGGGCGGAAAUGAAGGUGGAAAUGGAGGAGGAAAAGAAAAUGAUCCUGAUCCCCCAAAGAAUGAACCCCCAAAGAAUGAGCCGCCCAAGAACGAUCCCUCCAAGAACGAUCCCUCCAAGAACGAUCCCUCCAAGAAUGACCCCCCCAAGACUGACUCUCCUCCAUCCGUUCCAACGCAACAACCAGACCCUCCCAAGGAUCCUGUUCCAAACAGACCUCCUCCAGACCCAAUGACCCAGCAGCCAGACCCAGCGCCUUCACCUACCCGGGACCCCACGACUGAAAAGGAUCCUGGGACUCGGACAAACGGACCACAACCUACACAUGAAGACCCUUCCUCUUCACAGUCCCCGCCCCCAGAAUCAAAGCCAAGCGCGGAACCAACCGAAGCUCCAACUACUACCAAAGAUCCAAAACCAAAUUCUACAGAUCCAGUGCCUGCAAGCUCAUCAUCAGAGCCAUCGGGGUCAUCCAAGUCCCCAGAGCAAACAACAUCACCAACCGGCGAUCCAGCAGAGUCCUCCAAUGUCCCACCAGCUCCAACAUCUUCGUCUUCCUCUACUCCCGUGACCUCUUCUACCACUCCCCCGGGCCCUCCCAAAUCGAAAGGCAGUAGUCUAAGCAAGGGCGGUGUUGCUGCUGGUGCGGUAUUCGGUGGAUUCGUCGUUAUCUCCCUGAUAUUCCUCACAUUUGUCUACUACAAACGAUGGAAACAUACUAGGGAGAACCAGACCGAUGAGGGUUCCAGCAGGCGACUCUCUCCAUUCCCCCCAACACCUCCUAUGGGCAAUGUUCAACAGACUCAAACUGGAAUUGUCGACCACAAUGAGUCAAUGGCAUAUGAUCACAAUAUGAGCUCAUUUGGUGUCCUAUCAAGCCCUUCUCAAGGGGACUCAUAUCCUCAUAGCAUGGAGGAAAAAGGCAUUGCUUAUUCUACAUACCCCUCCCACCAGGAUGCCGCCUACCAGCCAUCGUUAAGCCAAUCUGCGCAAAACGAGUUACACCUACCUCAAGGUAACAUGGGUAAUACAACCCAAUCCAACUCGCUCAUUGCCUCCAGUGAGCAUCAACAUCAGUACAUGGCAUACUCGCCAGAUUUGAUGGAAGAUGAAAAGACUGGCUUCCACGCAGUUGGGGCACCCGGUCUUGCUCCACUACCCGAGUCGUCCCAAGAGAAUCUACAUCUACACAAUUCAUCAGAAGAAUACAGGCGGCCUAUACCAAAAAGAUACAGUGCCGUGAAUUCACACCAAGCAGGACGAAACAGCCUCAUGCAACUUACGAGUCACAACAAUGCUGUAUACCCAGCAAACUCGCAAUAA